AAAUCCGUGAACACCUGCUGCUCAUUCGCCCAAUCCUCCUGCGUAUUUUCUCUACCUCUCGAACGUAAAAGAGCAGAAUGGGACUCACUCGGCUCCUCCUACUGCUCCUCGUCGGGGCCGCGCUGGCACUUACUUUGUUCUCUGAUUCAGGCACCUGCGACGAGACGAGCUGGUGCGUGGCGAAAACGGAUGCAGGAGACGCGCGCCUUCAGGCAGCGCUGGACUAUGCUUGCGGCAACGGCGCGGACUGCACAGCUAUCCAGAAGGGCGGGCGGUGUUUCUAUCCCAACACCAAGGUCGCGCACGCCUCCUAUGCAAUGAACGACUACUACCAGAAAAACGGCAUGACCGAUGAAUCGUGUGAUUUCGGCGGCUGCGGCUCCGUCGUCAACCAGCAACCCUCCUUUGGCAACUGCGUGCUCUGAUGGAUGGACCACUCAAACACGAGGUCGAACAGCCGCCGGGCUGCUCCGUCAAGAAUAAAAAGCUAAAUUGCCUACAUGCUCUCAAGAAGCCCUAUAGUUGCAAUAUGCAUUCCUUGUACUUUCGAGUCUGGUGCAUCCUUGAUUAAUUGAAUAGUUACGAUGCAUCAUC